UCGUAACCCCACCUGUUUGAUCUCGGUCCCUACCCACCACCCGUGGUUCAGUAACAUUCUAGAAUGUUUUUCGAAAAUAUUUUCAGGAUUAAUCCAACAAGUUCUUCUCGAUUUAUAAUUAUAAAGCCCAAAAAGUCCCCAUACGUGUCAUCCACACAUGAUGAAGCCAUCUGUUUUCCAGGCCUUAAUAAUAAAGGCAACUAUUCGACGUCGAGUGUCACAAAACGUGGUGUUCUUUUUAUUGAAUGGAUAAAGUCGUAUAUUUAUUGUCAGUGGUUUUCACUGUAAGCAAAGUGAUGUACAGCCAUGAUAAAAAAUAAGAUCCGUGAGCAGCCAAGAGAGAGGGGGAAAGAUGUGUAUAAAGAAAGAGAAAACGUGUGUGUGUGUAAAGGAGAGAUUGGAAAAUCUCGAAGAAGAAGAAGUUGAAAAAAACCACCGCCGAACAGCCGAACCUGGUGGUGGCAUGACUCUCCUUUAUUCCCUAAUACCCGUACGUAUGGACGGACGGCGGGAAGUUUCAGUCAGUCGACUUUCAGGCGAGCUGUAGUUUUGCACAUUUCUUUGUCGAUCGUCGACAUUGAUCUUUCGUGGCUUCGUCGAGAGCCAAUAUACACAGUGACGUUUUAUCAGCUGAACUUCAUAUCCUACCCAACAACGCAAAAUAACAAUGGCUUACCAUGGACCAGCUUACGGACUAAGUCGGGAGUGUCAGAUGAAGAGUCAGGCCAAGUUUAGCUUGGAGCGAGCCCGGGAGGCCCUCGACUGGGUGGAAGCCGUUUUGGACCGUCAGCUCAACUAUCCUCAGCCAUCCGAAGGUCUGCGGGAUCAGCUGGAUUUUGCCCACGUCCUCAAAGACGGAAUCACUCUUUGCGAAUUGAUUAAUUCCCUGGAGCCUGGGGCGGUCAAGAAGAUCAACACGAUGAAAGCACCUUUCAAGCAGAGGGAAAAUGUCGAGCUGUUCCUCAAGGGCUGCGAGAAUUACGGCCUCAAGUCGCAGGACCUGUUUCAAGUCAACGAUUUGUACGAGCACAAGAAUCUCUACAUGGUGGUCGAUACCAUCUUUGCUCUCGGAGGAAUGGCACAGAAGAAGAACUGGGAUGGACCGACGAUCGGCGUCAAAGUGGCCGACGAGAACCCGCGAGAGUUCUCGGCUGAUCAGCUGGCCGAGAGCCACAAAAUCAUCGGCUUACAGUACGGCAGCAACAAGGGCGCUACGCAAUCCGGCAUGACACCGUACGGAGCUACACGCCAAAUCCGUCCCGAUGAGUUCGCUCACAACGGAAUGCACUAGAGGGAGAAAGAAAAAAGAAAAGGAAAAUAGUGGCUCUCAAUUCACCUGCUGGAGGAAAAUGUCAGCCUGUUGCGCAUUUUUCUGGGCAGAUUUCAUCAUGCAAGCAUUUCUUCUGAAUUUCCCCCCUUUUGUUUUGUUCUGCGCGAGUAAUGCCUUUAUAUGUUCAAAGGACGUCGAUAUGACUUGUUUUCUUUUUUGUGUUACACAUUCCGAUCGAUUGGCAGAUAUAAAAAAAAUCUACUCUUCUUCCUCCCUGCUUUGCUGAAUUCUUUAUUAUUUGCUCUGUGUCACCAUCCUUCAACCGAGAUUGGCAAUUCUUCUGCAGCAAACUGUCCCCUCAUCUUUCUUCCGCCGUUCAUUGUGCUUUACCGAUUACAUAAUGGAACAAGUGCCUUCACUCCUCACAAGGUUUUGAUCAUUAUUUUUUUGUCAUAUGGCGAGUUACAUCUAAUAAUACACAACACCAUUCGCUAAUGUA